UUCUAACGUCGUCAUACACUCUUGUUCGAUGCAUUGCACCAAGAGCUUUCAAAGUCUCUCUGGAUCCCCACGCCAAGAUAAGAUGCAACCGGUUUGUGUCACUUGUCACUUGCCCACACACACUGGCAUUGCCUCAGCGGAAGAUACCCAAGGAACCCAAGCUGGGCUUGAAAGCGGGCGGAGGGCGACACAAUGGAGGUGAAAUAGCUUAUUUCAUCACGAUUCUGAUCCUCAAUUUUCACUCACUCCUCAUCUGCCUAAAUGCUACCUUAGCUUUCCAACCAAGACGUCUUGUACAUACUUCUUAACUUCUUGCCAUCCAUGGAUGCUUGUGCAUAUUGAGACGUCCCGGCUUCUUCAACACAAUGCGCUCCGCUGUGAUUGCCAACCUUGAGCUACACAAACCACGCAGAACAUGGCACUCGACUUCCCAACCAUCUUCCUCCUCCCCGCCCAGCUCGGAUCCGAAGAACUCGAGCAACUCGAGGAGCAGAUCCCCACGCUCACCUAUGACAUCAAUGAGGCCGAAGUCGUUUUGGGAAAGGUGUCUCGCAAGGAGCGAGCACUGUUUGAGCUCAGGAAGCAUAAAUUGGUUACCGAGGAGAUCGAUACGACCCGACGCUCAGCAUCUGCAUCGCCCGAGCUGAAGCGCCUCAGGCUUAUGACGCCUGUCCUUGCCAGUUCUGAUCUUGAUUCAGACACGGCAUCUGAAGGCGAGAUUCAGCGCCGCCUGGUUGGGCCCGCUGCACCCGGCACUGCAGGGCAGACGGUCAAGGUGGUAAGGCUCUCCUGGUUUACCGACUCCAUCAAGGCAGGCCUAGUUCUUCCGCUGGACGAUUAUCUCGUGUAUGAAGGCCGCAAGGUGCUGGCAGCACCAGAAACAAGUCAACCGCCGCCCCCUGCUGAAAAGGCGGCCGAGGUUCUCAAACGUGCUCUUGCCGAUGCAAGCGCUCUGCCGCCAAGUUCCCGCCAGAAACCGUUUAGUGGAAGAAGGGGCGAGACCUAUGUUCGGAACCCCGUCAGGCCGACUUUGGUCAGACAGACGACAUCGGAGCAUGAGGUCGACGCCCAUCUCCCACCCAUCCCCGACUAUCUCCAUACUACCUACUCGUGCCAACGCCCUACUCCGGUGCAUCCACCAAACGAGCCAUUCAUCGAGGAGCUGUCCAAAAUCAAGACGGCAAGAACCUUGACCGGGGACAAGAUAGGCGUCAGGGCUUAUUCAAGCGCAAUCGCCACCAUCGCCGCCUACCCCUAUACCUUUCAGACCUCCCAAGCCACAGAAGUUGCCAGACUUCCGGGCUGCGGCGCUAAGAUCGCCCUGCUCUAUCAGGAGUUCAAGGAAACGGGCCAGAUUAGAGAAGCAAGAGAAGAUGAGUCAGACCCUAAGCUGGCCGUGCUCAAGCUCUUCUACAACAUCUGGGGCGUGGCUGAGACGACGGCACGCGACUUCUACAACCGCGGCUGGCGCGAUAUAGACGACAUCGUCGAGUACGGCUGGAACACGCUUACACGCGUGCAGCAGAUCGGCGUCAAGUUUUACGACGAGUUCCUGCUCAAGAUCCCGCGCGCAGAAGUCGAGUCCAUUUCCAACAUCAUCCUUGCGCACGCCAACAAAAUCCGAAAGGGGUUUCAGAUGGUCAUUGUUGGCGGCUACCGUCGGGGCAAAACGGAGAGCGGUGACGUCGACGUGGUGCUGAGCCACCCCGACGAGUCUGCUACUCUGGGGUUUGUCGAGCGCAUCGUCGUCAGCCUUGAGCGGGACAAAUACAUCACGCACACGCUCUCGAUUAGCACGACAAACUCGGAGCGGGGCCAAGUCCCCGUCAGCUGGAAGGGCAACGAGAAGAAGGCGGGCACUGGGUUCGACACGCUCGACAAGGCGCUGGUGGUUUGGCAAGACCCGGUAUGGAACGCCGGCGAGUCGGUCAAGAACCCGAAUCCGCACCGCAGAGUCGACAUCAUUAUAAGCCCUUGGAAGACGGCGGGGUGCGCCGUGCUCGGCUGGACGAGCGGAACGACAUUUCAGCGAGAUUUGCGCAGGUACUGCAAGAAGGAGAGGUCGCUCAAGUUUGACAGCAGCGGGAUACGCAGCAGGCUCGAUGGGUCGUGGGUGGAUUUCGAGAGCGGGCCGGAUGGGGAGCCGGCGCCGGACAUGCUAACGGCGGAGCGCCGCGUAUUUGCUGGCCUGGGCUUAGAGUGGCGACCGCCAGAAGAGCGCUGUACCGGCUGA